UUCUUCCCACCGGUGAAUUCAUCUCCUGAUCGAAGAGUGACUGCGAAGAAGGCAGAAUAAAGAAUCCAAACCGUAUUUUACUAACAAUCUCUUAAACAAUUUUAUUUAAAAAUCUGAAGAAAAAAAAAAUGCAGUCCCAAAGUUUGGUUCCUGUACUAAAACUGUGGUAUUUAAAAAUGAUUAUGUACCUCUCUCGGGUCAGAAGUGACCCGAACACAAUAGGAGGGUUAAAGACAGAAAUGUGAAGCUUAUAAUUUUAUAAAAGCACUUAAAUUAAUUCUGUUAAAUUAUUAUUUGAGCUGUAAAGUGGUUUAAAUCAUCAUUUUUACAGUUGUUUAUGGUUGUGUUAUGUCGUCAUGGUAACAAAGUUGUAAAAUUAUCUAUAACUUCACACAGAUGUGAUUAGUAAGUGAUUUAAUCACAGUAAAAUCAUGUUAACACACAUAUUGUUUAUGUCUUGUGUCUAUACUUCUGAAACAGUGAGUAUUUUAAUGUUUACAGAUUGACCCCAUUGACUUCCAUUGUAAGUGUCUCACUGGAACACACAUUUGUGCUUUCUUAAUGUGCCAGUCAUACCAGUAACCUUAUAAAAGUGGUUUUAUUCUACAUGAAGAGGGUCCUCUUAUGUUUGAAUCACAUGCUGAAUACAGUUCACUUAAUCUCAGGAAUAUUACGUCACUUUACGUCAGUGAUUUAGUUUCUCUCAUCAGGUAAAACAAUAUUUUGUGUUCCACAGAAAUACUGGACACAGGAUGAAACUUGGUAAAGAAGGACAUGACAAGAGCAGUAAAAAACAUGAGAAAAGAGAGAAGAAGAAAUCCAAGCGUUCUUCUAAAGAGAGAGAAAAGGACUCGAAGCGGAAUGGAAAGCACAAAUCCUCCUCAAAGAUGAAACACUCCCUGUCAUCAGGAGAAGCUCAGUCUGUACAUAUCAGUGUGAAAUGUGAAUCAAGAGAUCAUGACAUGGAUGUGGAGGAUAAUGGUCAUGAUUGUGUGUCUGAGGUGACAGUAAAGCGGGACACCAACUGUGAGUCAGCGGGCAUCACUCGGGUCAGUCCACCUGUCAAGAUUAAAAAGAAGAAAGUGAAAGAUGAAAAGACCGAAGAGAAAGACGACACACGAGAUAAACAUCAAGAGUCUGUGAGGAAAAGAAAAAGUUCUGAACAUGACAAAUCAGAGAAGAAGAAAAAGAUCAAGAGAGACACGGACGAGGACAAGAAGAAAGAAAAGGUGAAGAAAGAUGUCAAGAAAGACGAGGAGCCUGAUAAGUGGAAAUGGUAUGUCCUCGGACUGCUUUCCUUCAGAAACCAUAACAACAAACAGUUCACGUCGAUCUCAAACCCUCACCGCUCAGGAACAUCCAACAACAACAAACAAUUGCGGUGGGAGGAAGGAAAAUCAUCAGACAGUCAGAAAUGGAGUAGUCUUGAACAUAAAGGUCCAUAUUUCCCUCCAGAUUAUGAACCGCUGCCAGAUAAUGUCACAUUUUAUUAUGAUGGACAGCCGGUGAAACUGAGUCCUGCUACUGAGGAAAUAGCAACCUUCUAUGCUAAGAUGCUGGAUCACGAGUACACCAGUAAAGAGGUGUUUCAGAACAACUUCUUCACUGAUUGGAGGGAGGAAAUGACCAAAGAUGAGAGGAAGCUGAUCAAGACGCUCUCAAAGUGUGACUUCAGUGAAAUGCACAAAUACUUUGUAGAAAAGUCGGAGGAGAGGAAGAACAUGAGCAAAGAGGAAAAGCAGGUCCUGAAGGAGGAGGCCAGUCAUCUGACGGAGGAGUACGGCUACUGUCUGCUGGACGGACACCGCGAGAAAAUCGGAAACUUCAAGCUAGAGCCGCCGGGUCUGUUCCGCGGGCGAGGAGAACACCCAAAGAUGGGCAAACUGAAGAAACGCAUCCAGCCCGAAGACGUCAUCAUCAACUGCGGCAAAGACUCAAAGAUCCCAGAAGCUCCUGCAGGUCACCGGUGGAAGCGUGUUCAACAUGACAACACGGUCACAUGGCUGGUGUCCUGGCUGGAGAACAUUCAGGGACGACCCAAAUACAUCAUGCUGAACCCCAGCUCCAAACUCAAGGGGGAGAAGGACUGGCAGAAGUAUGAAACGGCUCGUCAGUUAAAGAUGAGCGUGGACUCGAUCAGGAAGGAGUACCGACGUGACUGGACGUCCAGAGAGAUGAAGACCAGACAGAGAGGAGUCGCACUCUACUUCAUUGAUAAGCUGGCCCUGAGAGCAGGUAAUGAGAAGGAUGAUGAGUCUGCUGAUACGGUGGGCUGUUGUUCUCUGCGUGUGGAGCACAUCACUCUACAUAGACACAUGGACGGACAGGAGUAUGUGGUCGAGUUCGACUUUCUGGGCAAAGACUCCAUUCGCUACUACAACAAAGUGCCAGUAGAGAAACAGGUUUUCAAAAGCUUGAAACUUUUCAUGGACAACAAGGACCCAGAGGACGAUUUAUUUGACAGAAUUACAACGGUCUACCUCAACAAAACCCUCAAUGAGUCUAUGACGGGACUGACGGCGAAAGUGUUUCGAACCUUCAACGCUUCGACCACACUGCAGGAUCAACUCAAUAAACUCACUACAGAUGACAUGACGGUGGAGGAGAAGAUCUUGUCGUAUAAUCGUGCGAACCGAGCUGUGGCCAUACUGUGUAACCACCAGAGGGCAGCACCCAAAACCUUUGAGAAAUCAAUGCAGCUGCUGCAGGAGAAGAUCCAGAAGAAAAAGGAACAAAUUGAAGAAGCCCGAAAAGAGCUGAAAGCGGCGAAGAGAGCACAUAAAGAUGCUCCGACUGACAAAUCCAAGAAACUGGUAGAGAAGAAGGAGAAGAUGGUUCAGAGAUUAUGUGAACAGUUGAAGAAGCUGCAGCUGCAGGAAACUGAUCGUGAGGAGAAUAAGGUGAUCGCAUUGGGCACGUCCAAACUCAACUAUCUGGACCCUCGCAUCACUGUUGCCUGGUGUAAGAAACAUCACGUCCCUAUUGAAAAAAUCUAUAACAAAACACAGAGGGACAAGUUCGCCUGGGCCAUUCACAUGACGGAGGAGCACUUCCAGUUCUGAUGCCUCACAAAAACAGCUCAAAGAAUAAAUGUUUCUGUUGUAAAGAUGUCUAUUUAUUUUCUACAGGUUGAGUGAUAUAAUCCAUGAUUAUUUGUUGUUUGGUUUUGAUUUUCUCUGUUGUGUAAAAUGAUAAAACGUCUCUAGUAAAACUUCUUGAGUGAAAUCACAUUGUUGUUCUAUUUUGGUUCUUGCACAUUAAAUUGAGAUCCUGCAACUUCAGUUUGAGUGACAGCUGCCAUUUAUGAGUCUUGCUUUCUGACGACGGCAUUCUAGUGCUGAAAUCCAAGAAUAAUCGAGUUGUUCGCUGGUUACUUGCAGGCGAUGGUACUAGUUUGCAUUUCAGACAUUAUCAGCCUUUAACAUUGUAAUAUGAGCACGUAAGUGACAUCAAAAAUACUGAAGGAGCUUUUUUUAAAGCAGUUCUUCAAUAUUUGAUCAAGCACUUCUACCUGGUGACUUUAAAUGAGAGUGAAGGUGCUGUACGGAAUGUCAACGUGACGGCUGCGCUGCAUUUGAGUCAUAACGUGAGUCACUGCCGCGGGAAAAGAGAGAGUUUACUGCAUGUUUGACUGAUGUGAAACCAAAGAGAUGUUUCGUGUUGUGUGCUGAAGUAUCACACCAUUCACUCGUCUCAGUUUCACACAGUGUCAUCAUUGAAGAACACCGCGAGUUCUGCAUUCACGGCUGGAGACUGCAGAGAGAUUUCAGCGGGAUUAGAGUUUCUCUGACAGGAUCUGAGCUGCCGCUGAAGGGAACGGUUGGGAAUAUUAAAGUAAAACACCUGCAGUGUGUGUUUUAGUUUGUGUGCAGGAGUGUUUCUGUUGUCUUUAUCUCUUAAAGCUGCAAUAAAACACAAUUUAGCAGAGAAAAUGCUCUUGUGUGUAUUU